GCGCCCAUAAGAACGCUUGUUUCAUAGCAUUUUCCAGUUUAGUAUACGUUCAAGUUACACAAGAGUGUGUAUCGGGCAGCAUGUAUACAAUUGUGUAUUGAAUACACAUUGACGUGAACCUAUGUCCAUACAGGUGACGUAAUGUUGUCGCCUGGAUCCCUCCUCAGUCAGGAAUGGUAUUCGUCUACCACUGGGAAGGCCGUGCUCUCAUCUCUUAUGACGAGAAACUUACUCAAAAGAAAACCGUUUGGAAUUUUGGACAAGCCUGUUUUACCAUUGAACAUUACAGCAGAUGAAGUGAAGUACAAGAUUCUUUUAGUGGGGAAAAGUGGGAUCGGAAAAACUAGUACCAUAGCUAAAUUAUCAGGAAAUGAAAUUCCAGCCACUCACAGCGAAACCCCAGGUAUCCACAUCACAACCACUCAAUGGCCUGGAAUGGUCAAACAAAUGAACAAGAUUGUGAUGUUUCACCUCCAGUUCUGGGAUGUGGGGGACGGAGCAAUGAAGAAAUACGAACACAUCAAAACGACCUGGGAGAAUCAGGCUGACUGUGUGAUCUUCCUGUUCAGCUUUGUGGACAGAGGAAGCUUUGAAGAAAUCUCACAGCAUAUCACCAGAAUGACCAAACCAAAGAAUAACUUCACAAAACUUGUCAUUGGCACCAAAUUUGAUCAGCAUGCUUACAGUGAGAUCACACAGAGAGACAUCAGGGACUUUGAACACACCUGGAAAGUCCCCAUUCUGAAGAUCAGAAAUGUUCCGGACACAGAGACAAAGAAUGAUAUAAAUGAAAUCUCUCAGAUACUGACCACCAUAUGUGAACACUUGUGGCAUCGGGACAUUGUGUUAGCUGGACGGUCGGUUCCGACUAGUGAUGGGAAAAUCUCUGCCUGUUGAGGCUGCCUUAGUGGAUCAUUAUUAAUCACAUAUGAAGAGUUUACUUUCAUUUUAUUGGUCUUAUAUCAUUAGGUAAAUUGUUCAUAUACCGUAUUUGUGUCUCAUAUUUUUUUAAUAAAUAAAAGUUGGGAGUAAAAAAAAACAACUUUGUGAUGAU